AUGGACCACUCCCUCCCCUCAGCUCCGACGGCCUCCGGGGCUCCCGGACGGCAGCUCGGGGCUCCGCGCAGCUCCUCAGAGGGGACGGAUCCGGACGUCGAGUCUCUCCCUGGACUCCUUCGUUUCGGUAACAGGGUGCAGGGCAGGAGAGAGGGUCCCGACUCAGAGGGGACCACGGAAACCGCGGGGAGGUGCGGGGGCCCGGAAGAGCCGGCGGAGGGCUGCAGAGGCCGCCUCUGCUGCCCGCUGACAGGGAUCUCUGCCCUGAGGGGCCAGGGGCUACAGAGGAGACCCCGAGAUAAAACGGGGCGGCGGGGGGCUGGGAGGAGGGAGCCGCCGUCGCGGAGCCCCGCCGGGAGCAUGGUCCCCAUCGCGCCGCUGCUGCCGCUGCCGGUGCUGCUGCUGCUGCUGGUGCUGGGGCGGCCGCUGCUCGGGGCGCCGGGGCAGGGCGCAGGUACCUGGUCCCGCUUCGCCCGGCUGCCCUACCCGCAGGACCAGCUCUUCCUCCACGACACUUUCCCCGACGGCUUCCUCUGGGGAGCGGGCAGCGCCGCUUACCAGACGGAGGGCGGCUGGCGCCAGGGCGGCAAAGGAGCCUCCGUCUGGGACACCUUCACCCACCGCCCGGCCACGCCGCCGGGCUCACACUCCCCGGGACCGGCGGGCGGCGACGUGGCCAGCGACAGCUACAACAACCUCUUCCGCGACGCCGAGGGGCUGCGGCGCCUGGGGGUCUCCCACUACCGCUUCUCGCUGUCCUGGGCCCGGCUGCUGCCCAACGGCACGGGUCCCCCGAACCCCGUCGGGCUGGCCCAUUACCGCCGGCUGCUGGACCGCCUGCGGGAGCUGGGCAUCGAGCCCGUCGUCACCCUCUACCACUGGGACCUGCCGCAGGGCCUGCAGGACGCCUUCGGCGGCUGGGCCAGCCCGGUCCUGCCCCAGCUUUUCAGUGACUACGCCGAGCUCUGCUUCCGGCACUUCGGCGGGCAGGUGCGCUACUGGGUGACCAUGGACAACCCCUACGUGGUGGCCUGGCACGGCUACGGCACGGGGCGGCUGCCUCCCGGCGUGCAAGGAGGCCCAAAGCUCGGCUACCGGGCGGCCCACCACCUGCUCCAGGCCCAUGCUAAAGUCUGGCAUCUCUACAAUGACCAUUUUCGUCCAACUCAGAGAGGAAAAGUGUCCAUUGCCCUUAGCUCCCACUGGAUAAAACCUCAACGUAUGACUGAAAAAAACAUAAAAGAAUGUCAAAAAUCCCUCGAUUUCGUGCUUGGCUGGUUUGCUAAGCCCAUAUUUAUUGAUGGUGACUAUCCAGAGAGCAUGAGGAGCAACCUCUCGUCUCUGCUGCCUGAAUUCACUGAAGCUGAGAAGAAUUACAUCAAGGGGACAGCAGACUUUUUUGCUCUUUCUUUUGGAGCUACUCUGAGUUUCCAGCUCUUGGACUCCCACAUGAAAUUCCAGCAGUUGGAGUCAAUAAGCCUGCGGCAGCUCCUGUACUGGAUAAGCAGGGAAUAUAACAACCCCCAGAUAUUCAUUGUGGAGAACAGCUGGUUUGUUGCUGGGAGCACCAAGAGAGAUGAUGCCAAAUAUAUUUACUAUCUCAAAAAGUUCAUUAUGGAAACUUUAAAAGCUAUCAGGUAUGAUGGAGUUAAUGUGUUUGGCUACACAGUCUGGUCCCUCCUGGAUGGCUUUGAAUGGCACAGGGGAUACAGCAUUCGCCGUGGGUUGUUUUAUGUUGAUUUCCAAAGCCACGACAAGAAGCUGAUGCCCAAAUCUUCUGUCUUGUUCUACCAAAAGCUGAUAGAAAAGAAUGGCUUCCCACCUUUGCCUGAAAACCAGCCAAUAGAAGGGAUUUUUCCCUGUGGCUUUGCUUGGGGGAUUGUUGACAACUACAUUCUGGUAGACACGACCCCCGCCCAGUUUCUUGACUCCAGUGUUUAUGUGUGGGAUGUUCACCAGACAAAGAAACUGAUUAAACUGGAUGGAGUUUUCACUUCGAAACGCAAGCGUCACUGUGUUGACUUUGCUGCUAUCAGGCUCCAGAUCUCUCUUCUGCAGGAAAUGCAUGUCACACACUUCCAUUUUUCACUGAAAUGGUCUUUAAUCCUUCCUUUAGGUAACCUUUCUCUCAUCAACCACACACUUGUACAUUAUUAUCAGUGUUUUGCUAGCGAGCUUCUCAGAGUUAACAUAACUCCUGUUGUUGCUUUAUGGCAACCUAUGGCUGAGAAUCAAGAGCUUCCUGUUUCUCUUGCCAAGUAUGGAGCUUGGGAAAACCCAGAAACCAUUCAGGCUUUUGUUGAGUAUGCCAGAUUCUGCUUUGCGAGUCUUGGAGACUACAUCAAAUUUUGGAUCACAAUGAAUGAACCUCCUGUGAAAAACCUGACAUACAGUGCAGGGCACAACCUGUUGAAAGCCCACGCGAAAACGUGGCAUCUUUAUGACAAAGAAUUCAGGAGAACUCAGAAAGGUAAAAUAUCAAUAGCUCUGCAAGCUGACUGGGUAGAACCAGCUUGUCCCUUUUCCAGGAACGACCAAGAAGUUGCUGACAGAAUUUUAGAGUUUGACAUUGGCUGGCUUGCAGAACCCAUCUUUGGGAAUGGUGACUACCCACAGGUGAUGAGAGCGUGGCUUCACCGAAGGAACAGUGUUGACCUGUAUAAUUUCCACUUGCCUUAUUUCUCAGAAGAUGAAAAGAAGUUAAUCCAGGGCUCAUUUGAUUUUUUUGCUCUGAGUCACUACACUACCACCCUUGUGGGCUGGGAGAAAGAAGAUGCACUAAAAUAUGACCACUAUCUUGAAGUUCAAAUGCUCAAUGAUAUCACAUGGCUGCACUCCCCCAACAGAGCUCCAGUAGUGCCCUGGGGACUGCGUAAGCUGCUCAAGUGGGUUAAAACAAAGUAUGGCAAUGUCCCAAUUUUUGUUAUGGCUAAUGGAAUUGAUGAUGACCAGAACAUGGUGCACGAUAAGCUCAGGGUGUAUUACAUACAGAAUUACAUCAAUGAAGCUUUAAAAGCUCACACCUUGGAUAAUGUUAACCUGCAAGGGUAUUUUGUCUAUUCCUUUAAUGACAAGACUGCUCCUCAAUAUGGUCUCUACAGUUAUGUUGCAAAUCAGUAUGAACCAAAGCCUUCUAUGAAACAUUACAGAGAAAUAAUUGACAGUAAUGGUUUUCCUGGUCCUGAAACUCCUGAGCUGCUGUGCCCAGAAGAUGUUUCUUCGUGUCCUGAAUGUCACUUCUUCCAAGCCAGAAAAUCAUUGUUAGCCUUUAUCUCCUUCGUAUUUGUUGCUUUUAUUGUUACUUUAUUCUUCAUUACUUACUACUCCAAGAAGGUGGAAAGAAGGUAUAAAUAGAGCUGCUCCUUUGAAUACAUAACUUACUGCCCUUUCUCUUGCAUUCCCUUGGGAAAUUUGAAAUGAGAACAUACCACAUUGUGAUUGCUUCAGCACUAGGAAGGCAUUUGCAUUGCCUUAUACUUCAAGGCACUGACACUGAGAAGAGAUUGGUAGCACAUGGCUACCAGAUAGAGUUUUCUCUUGUUUAGUUGAUCAUUUGGCUGAUGACCCGUCCUGCAUCCAUAGGGCUGGAGCUAGCUCACAACUUUUCCUGGGACCUAUUUUUGAGCAGAUUCUUUCCCUUCCUUGGUUUUGCCUCGCUGAGUUGGACAGGUAAAAGGAUGUUUUGAAGAUACGGGGUGAUGGAAAAGUCUGAGUGUCAAAUUCUCCAAGAGAAGACUGGGGAGAAACAAAAUAGUUUACUUUUCCAAGCUAGGGUUUAAUGCUGAUGCUGCAUGAUCAGAGCCAACACAAGACUGGAGCAGAGGUCAUGAUGGGGCAGAUAAAGAACUGCACAAAGCAGCAACAGGGAAAGGGAUAUUUCCUUUCCUAAAAGCAGAUGCAAGGGGAAGAACAGGGCAGCAGGAGUGUGUGCUGGUGGGAGUUCUCAGUAAAGCAGUUAACUACUACCCAGGCUGCGGAUGGCUGUGUCUGACUUCAAGGUGUCAUUGGGGAAUUUCAGCUAAAGGAACUGUAUCUUUUUCAGUGGGGAAAGCAGCAGGGGUAUGUCAGGGCUAGCAGGGGUCUUGCCAUCUGAUGGAGAGAGAUGGGGAAGGUGAAAGGGCUUCUCUUUGAUUUUCUCAGUGAAAAAAGCAGAGAGCAGGAACCGGGAUUUCUUUGAUGUUUCAGCUGUAGGAAAACUGUGUGCCUGACCCUGUGCCCACAGACACAGCAGGGCUGGGACACCUCAUUUCAGCACUUCUUGCAGCAGGUUGCACACAGCUCUGGCACUCCACUGCUGCCCAGCUGAUUACCUGCUGGAAACUUGUGGGUAAUUUACUAAGAUGCUCUCUGCAUGCUAUUUGUGUUGAGUAUUUGUGUUGUGUUGAGCCUUUAAAUCUCAGCAUUUUGAUCUAAUAAUCUGCACUUUAUUGCUGCUUUUGCCAGGGUCUGAGAUAAUGGAGCUGCUGGUCUGAGCCUCUUCCAGGUUGGCUGAGGGGUCACCUUUGAGCAACUGGGUCUGGCCCUGCCAGCAUUUAGUCCCAAAAUAUUACUUAAUGUCUGCAGGCCUCUCAUUUUUCUCCCAACUAGGUAAAGUAGCAAAAUAUUAGUAGCAAUUUUUAUGAGUAGGAAUUGAGAGAAUGGAAGAAACCCCUACGAUAUUUUGGCUGCCUUGUGAAUCACAUUAGGGGUGUCCAUGGGAUAAAGCACUGAGGUGAUUUUCCUCCACUCUCUAACUCUAGGCUGGUAUUGCCUUUAGCUGUAAUUGUCUUUUUAUUGCUAUGUGAAUAAUGUCAGUCACUGGAAAGAAUGUUUUAAAGGAAAUGUGUUCUGUGUUCUGUGUUAAUUAAGAAUUAUUUAUCUACUAAAGGUGAUUAUAUUGUGUGAAAUGUGAUGUUUAUCUACUAGUUGACUAGUAGAUGACUAAA